AUGUCGAUAACUCCAUUAGAACAUCCCCUCUCAUCUUUCAAAUAUUGUCCGAAAUGUGGCAGCCCAGAAUUUGUAGUUUCAACAUUUAAGUCGAAGAAGUGUAAUUCCUGUGGGUUUCACUAUUUCUAUAACGCCGCCGCUGCGUCGACUGUUUUUAUUCGCAAUGAAAAAGAUGAGGUGCUGGUCGCCACACGAGCAACGGAACCUUCAAAAGGCACGUUAGAUAUCGUUGGAGGGUUUGUUGAUUUUGGUGAGUCUUUUGACACCACCGCAGUUCGAGAGACUUUAGAGGAGACGGGGAUUACAAUUCAACAAGACAAACUAGUCUAUCUUUAUUCUCUUCCAAACAAUUACAUCUUCUCGGAGUUUCUUGUGUCGACAUGUGACGCAUUCUUUGAAUACUUCGUUAGGUCUGAUAUCACAUUCAAAGCUGAGGACGACGUCUCUAAGUUACAGUGGAUAAAGAUAAAUGACCUUCAGCCCAACCUCUUUGGCUUGCAGAGCAUCAGAAAAGCAGUUGAUCUCUAUAUGCAACGAUUUUUCAGUUCAAAUCAGGGCAGUACCUCAAACUAA